AUGACUGUCAUCGAGUCAGACUGCCCACGGCAAGUCUUCCAUGCUCGUGGCUCUGCGCGGAGACUGGCUGUCACUGGGCGAGACCCCAAUGCAGUAUUACUUACAUCGCCGCCUGUAUACGUGUCGGGUCUGAUGAAGCACUACACAGAGGGGUCGAAUAAUCCAAAUAGCGCUCCUCAAUACAACAGCUUCGGCACCGCCUGCAGAGACCAUGGCAUAACUCGCCGACUGCUUCCGUCGCCAUUACGUGGCUUGGUUGAUAACUUGUUCCCCGAAUGGAGUCUGCCAUCUCGGCUUGUUUUAAAGAGAUCUUCAAGAAUUGUAGUCCCCAAGUGCUACGAUAUCGGUGGCGAAUGUGUGGGAAGUCCUGCAGGAGCUAUAGUAGAGAUGGAUGGAUUCCGCCGAAUGAUGCGCGCGGCUUUGACUGAUAUGGCCAGGUUUGGCGUAUUGCCGGAUGAUAUAAGGCUAGAGAAUUUCCGCGUCGUUGGCAAUAGGAUCAUGGUUGUGGAUUUCGAGAUGGUACGCAAACUCGACACUCAGGACGACGUUGACGAACAAGUGACGUCUAUGACGGGAUUGGUUGGCUCGUUUGUAUCAGGAUAA